AUGGCAUAUCUGUCGCCCGCGUCCAAGAAGGCGAUAGCCAACCUGCGAGCCUACACCUCGCCUACUACCAACUGGUACAAAUGUCCACUUACGAGGCGGGCGGCGGUGUUGAUACUGCUGUUCGCUGAUCGUGGUGGCGACUUGCGGGUGGUCUUAACCAUUAGAUCCGCCGGUCUGAAAAGCUAUGCCGGCCAAGCAGCUCUGCCCGGCGGCAAGGCCGACCAUCUCAAUGAGAACCCCUUCACCGUUGCCCGCCGCGAGGCAUUUGAGGAGAUCGGCCUGCCAAUGUCGGACCAUCGCCUACCUCCAGGCUACACGGUGGAGCACCUGACGGAGCUUCCAGCCAACCUGGCGAUGACCGAGCUCGGCGUCCGCCCCUGCGUAGCCUUCCUCCAGGCGCCAGCACCCUCGCCUCGUAACCGCGACCCAAACACUGCCCGGGACAUUCUGCCCAAGCUGGAUGCUCGAGAAGUUGCGGCCGUGUUCACAGCGCCCUUCUUCAACUUCCUACGUGAGAAAGACUUGGAUCCGGCAGACCGAGAGGAGGUGCCAGGGGAGUGGUACAAAGGGUCCUGGCACAGCUGGCAUGAGAGCGCGUGGCGCAUGCACCAGUUCUUCGUUCCAGUGUCUCCAGCGACGGUGUUCCGAGCCGAUUAUGAGAAGGUGAAGAAAAUGUCAGAACCAGUACCGGAGGCGUCGGCGGACAUUACUUCUUCAAAGCCAGCAGCAGUGAAAAGCAAAGGUGCGUCGGCGAAGUCGUCGUCAUCGCUGCAGCCGCCGCUCCCGAGGUCGUUCUACUCGAUUGGUGGUGAUGCGUUGGCGCAGCCGCGGUAUAGGGUGUUUGGCAUGACAGCCAGGAUUCUGGUAGACUGCGCUCGAGUGGCAUAUGGCGAAGAACCUGAAUAUGAGCACAACAGCCAUUUCGGGGACGAAGAUAUGAUUGAGCGACUGCUCACAAUCGGGCGACUGGCCCCCAUCAAGAAAGAAGGCGAGGUGCUGACGAGGGACGUGAUGAUGAAGGCUGCGAACGCGAAGAUGUGA